AUGGACGAUCCUUUAUUAGGCUUAACGCUAUGGCAGAGCCAGGAAGCAGAGAAAAACAAAAAGAUUCGAUCACAACAGCGAGGAAACAAAACUAAAUCAAAGAGUAAAGACAAAUCUAAGUCAUCUCGAGCAGCUGUUGAAGAAACUGAUCAGAUUGAGGAUAUUCCUUGUAUUCCUGACUCUAAUCGUUUGCAUGAUGAGACUGGACUAACACCUAAUGGGUGUGUCAAUGAUCUGGAUGUGAUUAAUGAAAGAAGGGAAAGUUCCAAGUCAUCCUCUAGUUCCGAUAACUGUUUCCCCUGUCUUACUGGACUAGAGUUAGAUCCAAAGAAGAAGUUAAAUUUGAAACAUGUACAAGAAGAAGAAGAAAAAGAUGAAAAAUGGAAGAGGGAGAGUGAGGAAAGAAGAAGCAAUUCCUCUGAGAAUAUACCAGCUGAUAUUACCUCCUUAUCGACCAGUCCAUUACCACAGCUUCAGAUGAUAGUGAACUGGUCUCCAGACAUUGUGUCUGUGGCCUUACUGCAUUGUCCAAACAACAUCAUCGCUCAUUAUCUGCUAGCUUCCUCUUUACCUAAUCUUCGUUGUGGUACCUGUCUAGAUACCAUUUCAUUGAGUUCGCUUGAUAAUCUUCAUGUUAGUAUUGUUGAGGAGAAACAUGAGAAGGACAUUGAAGAUGAGGUAGAAGUUAGUAGUGAAGACAGAAGUGUCUCAUUUGAUAAUAGCAGUGGUAAAGAAGAUAGCGAUAAGGAAGAGAGAGAUGGAUCACCAGUAACAUUCUCUGUUAGUGAUAUAAGAAGUCGUCUGUCACAAGAAAUGCAAGUUCCAAAGAGACGUUUCUCACGUGAUCCUGAAGAUCCUUCUGCUGCUGCAAUGAAGGAACUAUGGGAUGACAAAGUUAAGAGAAUUAGAGAGACUUCCCCUUAUGGUCACUUACCUAAUUGGAAUUUGUUAGCAGCUAUUGUCAAAUGGGGAGAUGACUUACGUCAGGAACUUGUGUGUUGGCAACUACUGGAACAAUUUAAAAACAUUUGGAAAAUGGAGAAUGUUCCACUCUGGAUUAGACCAUAUAUGGUAUUAGUGUUAUCAUCAGAAGGAGGACUAAUAGAGCCUGUUUGUAAUGCUAUCUCACUUCAUCAAAUUAAGAAAGAGUUCAAAGGCUCACUGAUCAGUUAUUUUAGACAAGUAUGCUACUAUUUUGGAGAUUUCAAUUCAGAAGAGUUUCUCACAGCUAGACGGAACUUUGUCGAGAGCUGUGCUGCUUAUUGUCUGAUCUGUUACAUUAUUCAAGUAAAAGACAGACACAACGGUAAUAUUCUACUAGAUUCAGAAGGCCAUUUAAUACAUAUUGAUUUUGGAUUCAUAUUGGCUAAUUCACCAGGAAACAAUAUAAGAUUUGAAAGUUCUCCUUUUAAAUUGACACAAGAGUUUGUUGAAGUAAUGGGUGCAUUGGAUAGUGACAUGUACCAAUAUUUCAAGAUACUCAUGCUACGAGGAUUUUUAGCGGCUCGAAAACACAUGGAUAGGAUCAUUAAUAUCGUUGAAAUCAUGCAAACAGGAUCUCAACUUCCUUGUUUUGGACAUGGUCCAACGACAGUUAAACAACUUCGUGAUCGAUUUCAUCUUAGUCUUACAGAGGAGCAGUUAGAAUUACUUGUCAAUAAUAUGGUAGAAUCUAGUAUAUCAUUAACAACAAAACUCUAUGACGGCUUUCAGUAUUUUACAAACGGAAUCUUAUAG